UUUAUUUUGAUUUCAGAAAAAGAUAAGAGGUUUCAACUUUGCCAAACUCUACGUUGCUGUGAAGGACUAUGAGUCUGCCAGACAGUACCUUGCUGCCUUCCUGACUGUGCAUGGCAAUAAUGCAGCUGCACACAAGCUGAUGGGACAGAUUCAGGAGGCCACUGAAAAGCCAUAUGAAGCCAUUAAGUCUUACAAGUGUUCCUUGGCCAUGGAUGAAAGCCAGAAGGAUGUUGUGUUAAGAAUUUGUGAAAUCUAUGCUGAAUUACCAGUUGACCGACAGGCGAUUAAGUAUUGGAUGGAACAAGCUGAAAACACUUUUCCUGGUCAUAAGGUUGUGUUUAAGCUCAAGGAAAGCAUGACAAGGGCCCAAGGUGUGCCUGAUGUGAAGGACAUGGAGGACCUGAUCACAUCAGAGAUUACAACAAGUCCGCUGGAUGUGCCAUUGAGAGUCAAGCUUCUCCGGCUGCUACUGGACAUUGGGCGUGUCCGGGAUGCCUACAAACACAUUCUCCAAACAGAAGAAGAACCACAAUUCAUUGCCAAGGCUGCAUACUCACUUCAGUGGCAGCGCUGUAUGACUGAUGUCAUGAAGACGUACCACCAGGAUCAAGCUGGCCCAAUAGACGAGCUUUUCUUGGCGAAGUACUUGCUGACGUUGGACCAGCUAGCCAUUUUGAUGCUGCACAACCUUAACAGUUCAACACUGUUUGCUGUGUCUGGUCCCAAAGACAUAGAGUCAUACAAACAGGGGGAACAAUCCUUGCUGGACGAUGCAGUCGGUGUUAUUAGAUUCUUGGACGGUCUACUCAAGGAGGCACACACAAAGCAGUUUUCAACUGGUGCCUGGAACUUUGUACUACAGCAUGUUACUGCCCAGCUCUACCUCCAUGUGGCCACCCUGGUUUUGAAGAGGCCCGUGAAGGUGAGCUACGACUGGCAAGAGGCACACCGCUGGGCUGCAGCCUUGCUACUGAGAGCUUAUGCAGCACAUCCUCCUAGUGCCAUGUCCCAGGAAGACUGGUUCCUAGCACUGGAUUCAGAGGAGCGAAAUCUUUAUCACAGCAUCUUCCUCCGAGCUCAUCACCGGCUUUCCAUCUCAGGUCACAUACUGCACGUUCUUUGCAAUGCUGAAGACAUGAGUAGCUGGCUUUCUGACAUAAAGCAGGAAGCAUGCACACCCGAGGUUCGAAACAGGAUUUACAGAAGCAUUUUUGAUGAAAAGGGCAACACUUCAUGGUUCCUCCAGGACACAACUUUUACCAAUUGUACUUGUGAAUUUCCGUCAGCUUCAGCUCUUUAUAAACACGAUCAAGAGUCUCAGUGGCUGCACCCUUCAUGUCUUGAGCACCUGGCCUGGUUGGCGCUCCAGUGGAGUACUCUGCAGGACAAGCAGCGUGCGGGCACUGAGCAAUGCUUCGAGCUGCAAGUGUUUGAGAUGCUUCCAUUGAAGCCUCGUUCGUUCACAUCUGGGGCCGCCGAAACAUUGAGCCAAGUGGACAUGCAAGCAUUUCUGGAAGCGACAUGCUAUUGCGCGAGUCAGGCACUGGGGCGCAAAGCGUUUCAUCUCAGCCAAGGGCCCCUGGCACUUCCACCUCAUGUGGGAGCACGGCUGUGCACGGGUCCUCAGGCCGACUGGUGGACUGCCGCAUACCACAUGCAUGCCAGCAGUGGCAGGAGCAAGAUGGCUGACAUCAGGCGCAUACUGCAAAGAGGGCUUGAAGUCAUUCGGGCAAUUGGAAAUCAUGGCAUGGACCUUUCCCUGGUUGUUCACUUGGCCAGGACAUUUGCCAACAAGUCAUUGCACAGGUGUGCUGAUGGCCUAGAGGAAGAAGCGGAGGCCUUUGAAAAUCAAGCAGCACACUACUGGGAGGCUGUGCUCACCAUGCUUGCGACAUAUCGCAUCACUAGGAGCCCAGUGACACCAUCGGGCCGUCUGUUCUGCGUGCCAGGCGGUCGUGGUGCGACCAGCCUGCAGGAGCUGAGGAACAUCAAGCAGGAGGCCAAGAUGUUCCUAGCUGUGUGUGCCAUGAAUGCAGGCUACCUGGACGAGGCCGCUGCGAUGUUUUCAGGGCUGACGACUGCUCAGGCUGCAUAUUACAUGGCACUUGUGAUGGAAAAGAUGGCUCAGCGCAAGGCUCCCCAACGGGAUGUGGAGUGUGCCCUGCUGCAGAAGGAACGGGCGGCAUUGCAACUUGCCCUUGAGCGUGGCUGUCGGGAAUCCGACUGGACCCUGGCCUCCGCAGUGUCUGCUCAAUUGGAUGACCUUCAGGAGCGCAUGAACUUGACCAGUGAGUAUCAUGGCUACCAUGAUAAUGACAACAAUGAUGAACCGUCAAGGGGAGGACAGGGUGAUUCCCUACAUCUGUCUGCCCAUUCCUGCAUUAGUUCUGUGCAUUGGCCUCGGCAAAGUAGUACCCCCAAGCCUGACAGAAGCUUCUAUCCAGCAUGCACACCACCAGAGAAGUCUCCUACUUCAGAGGCAACCCUUGAGCCACUAUCACGUCAGCCAAGGGCUGCUGCAGCUGUGGAAGCACCUGCCAUUGCUAGCCGAUUUCUGGAGCUGCAGCUGCAUUCUAUAUCACUGCACCAGGAGCUGGCAGCGAGUAGGCUUCACGAGAUGCAGGAGGCCAGUCAAAGCAUGAUCAGAGAGCAUCUUGACAGUCACAGGGCUGUUCUUGCCGAAGUCAAGCGACAAAAGGCUGCUGUGGAGCACCUCACGAAAAAAGUUGAUGAGGUGGCUGCAAUGACUGCUGCGGCAGCCGAUGCUGCUCUCUGCUCACAACGCCAGAACGGAGGCUCUGAGCACAGAGAUGAGCAAGCCAGUGGCCAUGGCUUAGACCGUAACUACUCUCGCUACGAGACAGCAGCUUCUAGCAGAGCGACAUCACAAAUCGCAAGAGACCCAUGCCGUACUCCAUUGCUGCAAUCUCCACAUGUACAAGGCCCUGCAUAUGGAAACUAUUCGAUGCCUCACUUUGGUUACCCAUUUGCCUCACCACACUUGGGUCAACCUUUGGCACAUCAUUUUGCAUCGCAGCUGUUCCUUUCACCACAGGGCACCACAGCACUAGCAACCAUGCCAGUGCCUUUCUCUGGUGUGGCAGGAGAGCUUGCAAAUGAUGUCAGCCGCCCGCCUCCAUCCACAUCCACCUUGUCUGCCAGCAGUGCACCAUAUCACUUGGCGAAUGGGGAUGUGGGCCAAGCAUCAGCCUUUAGCCACCAUGCAGAGCCACAGCUUUCAGCAGUUGCAGCCAUGCCGACCAAGUCACUGCAUCCUCCACAUCACCAUGCCGUUUGUCAGCAGAAAACUCCAGACAGCAGGGGUGCUGAUAACAGCAAUUCCUCUCCUGAUAGCAUCCUGACUACUUAUGCAGCGAACACCAAGGGUGCCACAUUUUCAGCCUUGACAUCAUGCUUUAGUACCCCAAGAACUGUUCUGGCACCCUCUUUUUUUGGCUCCAAAGCAUCCACCACAACAACACCAGCACAAUUAUGUGGUUCGCAAAUGGCUGUGUCCAGUGCAUCAGUGACUGAAGGUACUGCGUUGCUAAUUCCAUCAUCAAGCUUUAGCACCUCGAAAACGGUGCUGGAAUCUUCCAUCUCUGGAUCCACAAGAGACAGCAAGGCGGCAUCUACUCAGCCAUUAGACUUGCCAUUACCUAUGUGUAAUGCAGCAACCGUCGUGGCAACUUCAUUUUCAGUGCCAAAAUUGUGCUUUAGCACUCCAGAGGCUACACCGGCCACGUCUAUGUUUGAAGCCGCAACAACCACUAGAAUGAUGCCUACUGUGUCAUUUGGCUUACCAAUGGCUACAUCCACUGCAGCAACCACAUCCACUACAUUGUCAGUGUCAUCCUCAAGUAUCAGCACAUCUGAGGCAAUGCUGGCACCAUCCAUGUUUGAAUCCACCACAGUCACCACGGCGACACCUGCUGUAUCUUUUGACUUGCUAUUAGCUGCACCCACUACAGCAAUCACCAUUCCAACUAAAUUUUCAGCACUGACACCUUCUGUCCUAUCUUUUGGUUCACAAGUGACUACGCCCGUUGUGUCAGGCUUUCUUUACACAGGCAGGUCCCAUCUGCAUGCAACUAGUUUUGACAACAUUAGUCCAAGCUCAGAGUCCACUAUAUGCACAUGCGAUGUGAACAAUGGUGCCAACGGACUCGCAUGUCAAGCAUGUGGAUUGAAAAAGCAAGACAUUGAGGGCCAAAAGACUGCAGAAGUCUCACAGCCUACUGUAGAGCUGAAUGCUGUGGCUUCAAGUUCAGAUGUAAGUGCUCCCACCAAGUUUUUUGACACAAAGGGUCCAGUCUUCACACUCGGUGCCUCUGCACUAGGCCACAACCUUCCAUCAGUUGGCGGUUUGUUUGGUGGCUUUCAGCCUUCCGGAAACAAGGAUUUUGGUCGAUUCCAGUUUGGUAAUAUCCCAAAAGUGACAGAGUGUCCAACGUAUGUAAUAGACUCUGCUGCAAUAGCAACCACAGCAAAAGAAUCAUCUCAUUCUGUUUUAAAAGGUGAUGUCACUUUGGUUGGGAAAAACGAACCCAUGUCAGCCGAGUGUGUGCUUGGCAGCACUGCACCAUCAGCAAACAAUGUUUCAAACAGAUUUGCAAUUACUAGCUCAAUAAAAGUGGAUGCAUUUUCCGAAGAAAGAACGCCUGCAUUUGCAGAGACUGCGACAAGUGAUCCACCAAGGCCUGGACCAGCUGCAGACACUUCAUAUUCUGCUUUGGCCAAGGAAUCAUCAAGAACUGUGAUCAGUGAGCCUGCGUCUACUGCUUCUUCGACUGUGAUUGGGCUUCCAAAAGGAAAAGUGUCAAUUGGCACGGAGACAACAUGUGAACCACCAGGUCCCAGCCUAGUUGCAGGCUCCUCAUCUCUUCGGUUAGGUGGGGAGAAUGAUAAAGAGAAAGCAGAACAAAAGCCUUUUAACACACAGAUGGUAGCAGCAAGCCACUUAACAAAUAGCAUCCCUUCACCAGAUAAGAAAGAACGUAAGUCGGCCAGACCUGUGCUUGGCAGCACUGCUUCAUCAUCAAGGACUGUGUAUAGUGAGCCUGCGUCUGCUGCUUCUUCAAUUGUGAUGGGGUGUCCAAGUGUGAAAGUGUCAAUUGGCACGGAGACAACAUGUGAACCACCAGGUCCCAGCCUAGUUGCAGGCUCCUCAUCUCUUCGGUUAGGUGGGGAGAAUGAUAAAGAGAAAGCAGAACAAAAGCCUUUUAACACACAGAUGGUAGCAGCAAGCCACUUAACAAAUAGCAUCCCUUCACCAGAUAAGAAAGAACGUAAGUCGGCCAGACCUGUGCUUGGCAGCACUGCUUCAUCAUCAAGGACUGUGUAUAGUGAGCCUGCGUCUGCUGCUUCUUCAAUUGUGAUGGGGUGUCCAAGUGUGAAAGUGUCAAUUGGCACGGAGACAACAUGUGAACCACCAGGUCCCAGCCUAGUUGCAGGCUCCUCAUCUCUUCGGUUAGGUGGGGAGAAUGAUAAAGAGAAAGCAGAACAAAAGCCUUUUAACACACAGAUGGUAGCAGCAAGCCACUUAACAAAUAGCAUCCCUUCACCAGAUAAGAAAGAACCUAAGUCGGCCAGACCUGUGCUUGGCAGCACUGCUUCAUCAUCAAGAACUGUGUAUAGUGAGCCUGCGUCUACUGCUUCUUCAAUUGUGAUGGGGUGUCCAAGUGUGAAAGUGUCGUUUGGCACGGAGACAGCAACAUCUGAACCACCAGUGCCCAGCCUAGUCGCAGGCUCCUCAUCUCUUCGGUUAGGUGGGGAGGAUGAUAAGGAGAAAGCAGAACAAAAGCCUUUUAACACACAGAUGGUAGCAGCAAGCCACUUAACAAAUAGCAUCCCUUCACCAGAUAAGAAAGAACCUAAGUCGGCCAGACCUGCGCUUGGCAGCACUGCUUCAUCAUCAAGGACUGUGUAUAGUGAGCCUGUGUCCACUGCUUCUUCAGUUGUGAUGGGGUGUCCAAGUGUGAAAGUGUCGUUUGGCACGGAGACAGCAACAUGUGAACCACCAGUGCCCAGCCUAGUCGCAGGCUCCUCAUCUCUUCGGUUAGGUGGGGAGGAUGAUAAGGAGAAAGCAGAACAAAAGGCUUUUAACACACAGAUGGUAGCAGCAGGCCACUCAACAAAUAGCACCACUUCACCAGAUAAGAACGAAUGUAAGUCGGCCAGACCUGUGCUUGGCAGCACUGCUUCAUCAUCAAGGACUGUGUAUAGUGAGCCUGUGUCCACUGCUUCUUCAAUUUCGAUGAGGCUUCCAAGUGUAAAAGUAUUGAUUGGCACAGAGACAGCAACAUGUGGGCCACCAACACCCAGCCCAGUCACAGGCUCCUCAUCUCUUCUGUUAGGCGAAAAAAAUGGUAAGGAGAAAACAGAAUCGACCGCUAACAGAGGCCUGACUCUGAGCUCAUCCAGUAAUGAUGAUGAUCCCAGCAAGCUUUCCAACGCACAUGCAGAGCCAGAAGAACCCAUGUUCUUGUUUGGUGUCACUCUGCCAAAUAGGAAACAUAGGAAACAGUUGACUUCAGUCACCGCUGCGCAUGUUGGAACCACAUUUGGGAAGAAUGCAUUUAUGUGUGCCAUUUGUGUUGGCCAAAAUAUGAAGGAAGCUUCGUGCCAACUGACUGAAUCUUGUGGAUAUCUGUCUGUUAGUCCCCAAAAUGUCGAACAAACUUCAGAGGAGCCAGAACAAGUUUGCUCUUUUGCUACAGUGGCUACUGUGAUUGAGCCACCAACUUCCAGCUCAUCAGUGGGAUCUUUGUUCAAGUCUCCUACCACCACUAAGAGAGAUGAAUCUACAGAGCUGCCUUCAGCACCCGAGUUAAAGGUUUCUUUGUCUAGCACUCUAGGAGGCACUGUGAGCACCACCCAGGUUGCAUCAACAAGCCAUGUUUUUGAAUUUGGUGUGACACUGCCAUAUCAGAGAGCACCUGCACUUGGCUCUUCAUAUCCUGGUACUGCCAUGUCAGAAAAGAAUGUGUCCGAUUUCAAAAACGAGAAAACAGUUUCUGAAAACAAAGCGACACCUGUUGAUGUAGUGGGUGCAGGUGUUCAAUUAGCAAAGUCCAGCCCCUGUGUAGGACUUCUGUCCAAUGGCUCCACUAUAUUUAUGAAAGAUGAAUCCACUGCGCAAAGCCAUCUGUCAAUGACUGCCACAGCCGAUGCAGCGAUUAGUAAGCUGAGUUCAACACCAAACAAACUUGAACCGCAAGUUGCAUCCCCUUUGCCACCUGAACCACAGGUCACAUCUCCUCUAGCAAAGUCAUCAGCUUCGACACCAGGCAUCAUUAGGCAGCAAGCAGGUUCGCUACAAAGCACUGGUGAAGCAGCAGAGGACAGCAGAGGUGAAACAGCUGAAGAAAUACAUGCACCCUCUGAGAUCUUAGCAGACGGUACGCUAUCUGAUAAAAUUGGUAAGCUACGUUGCUAUAUUGCAGAAGACAGCAGUGCGCCUGCCUUCAGUGGCUGGAGCUUCCCUCUCAGCACUACGUGCUCAAGAAUUUCACCAGGCAUGUCUAUCUCUAGUAUUCUCAGUGCCAGUGGCACACCACAGUCUGUCAAUUUGAGCCCCGAAGCAGGACAGUCAGCUUCUAGAGCAACUUCAAGUACCAGCAAGCCUUUGAAACCUAUGCUUGAUAGCCUACCUCUACAUAACCUAACGCCACCAUCGCCUUUCGCACUUGGAACUACCGCCUCUAGGUCCUCUUCAAACCCGGCUACCAGUACACCAGUGGCAACAGCAUCUACAUUGUCAAAUGGCUUGAAAUUGUCAGCAACACAGUCAGAAAGUGGUUGCACUUUUUCUUCCCGAGAUGAGAGCAUAGAAAGCAGUCCAAGACACCCUCGGAUGGCGUGUUGUCGCACUGAUACUUCCAGGCAAGGUAUUAGGCGAUCACUGUUUGGCAAUGCUACAACAGAUGAGGACAGAUCAAAACAUGGAGGAAAGCAGCCAUGAAGAGCUCGUUAUUGAAGAGGCCGUCAGGAAGCCCGCGGCACCAAUUUUUUAAGCUUAUUAUAUUUUAUUCGUUUUAUUGUUUGGCCAAUUGCCCAUCAUGACAACAAGCAAUCACACGGCUCAGAGGAACAGUCUAGUCAGCAAGUUACUAUAAUCAUUUGUUUAGAACAUUUUAUGUGCAAUUGUUAUAGACUAAUGUUUACAUUACCUGACAUAAGCAGGUGAAUUGUGAUGAAAAUGUGAAAAUAAAAACUCCUCGUGAUUUUUGGAUAA